AUGACCAAGAGCUCGUCCUCUCUGCAGGACUUGUAUCACAGCAGCACUGUGACAGCCCGGCCAGGCCCAGGGACAGCGCCGCCUGUGACUGUGCCAGAAACGGCUCCUCUAAGCCCCGAAACUACCAGUUUCAACAGCACCGAAAUGCCCGAUGUGGCCAGCAGCGGAGCCGGCGUGAGCACAGUGCUGCUCUCCUUCGGGAUCAUUACUGUGAUUGGGCUGGCUGUAGCCGUGGUUCUGUAUAUCAGGAAGAGGAAGCAGUUGGAGAAGCUGCGCCACCAGCUCAUGCCCAUGUACAACUUCGAUCCCACCGAGGAGCAGGACGAGCUGGAGCAGGAGCUGCUGGAACAUGGCCGAGAUGCAGCAUCUUCCCAGGCAUCCCAGAACAAGGUGAGCAGCAGGAACCAGCCAGGCUUGAGCCGCCUCGUGUUUGCAGACGUGGCCGAUGCCAUCAGCGCGUGA